AUGUGGCCCCGAAUGUUAGUGCGGGAGCUCCGGGUGGCGGCAGUCAAGUUCUCCGUGCUGGGGACUCGCCUCGCCGUUCGCGUGCCGCCUCGGCGGAUACUCGGGAGCGACCUGGCCCUGCGGCGGAGCCUGCACGCAACGGCGGCCCGGGCCCUCCCGCUCAUUCCCAUCGUGGUGGAACAGACGGGUCGCGGUGAACGCGCCUAUGACAUCUAUUCGCGGCUGCUGCGGGAGCGCAUCGUAUGCGUCAUGGGCCCGAUCGAUGACAGCGUUGCCAGCCUGGUCAUUGCGCAGCUCCUGUUUCUGCAGUCCGAGAGCAACAAGAAACCCAUCCACAUGUACAUCAACAGCCCUGGUGGUGUGGUGACUGCGGGGCUGGCCAUCUACGACACGAUGCAGUACAUCCUGAACCCCAUCUGCACGUGGUGCGUGGGCCAGGCCGCCAGCAUGGGCUCCCUGCUUCUGGCCGCCGGCAGCCCUGGCAUGCGCCACUCGCUUCCCAACUCCCGAAUCAUGAUCCACCAGCCCUCCGGGGGCGCCCGGGGCCAAGCCACAGACAUCGCCAUCCAGGCAGAAGAGAUCAUGAAGCUAAAGAAACAGCUGUACAACAUCUACGCCAAGCACACCAAGCAGAGCCUGGAGGUGAUCGAGUCGGCGAUGGAGAGGGACCGCUACAUGAGCCCCAUGGAGGCCCAGGAGUUUGGCAUCCUGGACAAGGUGCUGGUCCACCCGCCCCAGGACGGUGAGGACGAGCCGGAACUGGUGCAGAAGGAGCCCACGGUCGCGCCCACAGAGCCUCCUGCGCCGGCCAGCACCUGAGAGCCAGACCACCUCUCCGGGGAACUGGGGGCUGGGCUGCAGCCCUGCUGGCCCCUUGCUGCUGAGCUGGCAGGGGCCCUCGAGGAACUGUGGGGGUGCCCGGGCAGGCGGGGCAGCCUGGCUGAGACACUGUGAUUUAAAUUAAAUCUUUGCAGGGCUUGUUCUGCACCUG